AUGGCGUCCAAAGUUGAAAGCACCGAGGGUGACGUACAAGCAUCUGCUGGCACGAUGGCAUCUGUGCCUUCUGUGGGCCUUGUCACCUCAUCAUCUCCGACACCAUUCUAUCCUUCAGCUCCGGUACCUUCUACUACACCAACUGUGUCUCUCACUGGUGUUGCCGGCUCUCAGGCGGCUGUCAUUCCUGACACUCCAGAAGAGUGGGCUGAUAUGGAGGGGAUGGUCCUAACGGAGGAACAAAUGAAGCAAAACGGCUACACCGUCCGUCAACUCGGCUAUACGGAUCUUUUUCGCAUGAGACGGUGUAAGAUUUGUCGCGCUCGAGUAUGCAGCAAAGCAGUGAAGAACAAGCGCAAGCUUCCCCCGAAGGCGAAGAAAGAAGAGGACAAGCGAAUGGAGGUUUGGCAGGCUGAGCGCAAGAAAGAUUCCGAUUGGAUGGUUCGCCAGCUUGAGCUGUUGAAAAAACAAGGCCGCGGGCUUGAGGAGCUGGCCGCCGAGUCUGCCGACAACCCCCCGCCGGCCCUUCCCCAUCCGCCGAUGCCUUGUGUCGAGCCUGUUAUUCCCCAUGUCAGCCUUGCAAACAACAAAAUCACAGUGACCUGGCCAUUUCCAUUCCCCCAUGCCCCUGGUGCCUAUAAUAGCGACGAUUCUGAAGACUCCGGUGACAAACCACGAUCGUUGACGGUCGAGGAACAUCUUCUUGAGCAGCAGCGCCAGCCAGAGGUUGUUGAGUACAACAGUCAUAUUCACAUCGGCCUUGAAGAGGAUGAGGACACCAUCUACCAUCAAGUCCCUUUGACUACAAUUCAAUCUGCCUUACUACUCGCGGAAAUGGAGCACGACAAGCAACUUCGGCUCGAUCGUGCUAUUUGUCAGGGCCAUCCUGGCAAGGUUCGCCAAAGCCGCUAUACCUGCUGUAACAGGAGCCUCAACUCGCGCGGCUGCCACCGGUCUGAGCAGCAUGGCGACGCGUGGGAGGUGCAUGACAUCGAAGAAGACUUUGAGCUUUUCGAAACUCCUGGGUUGGUCAAGAAUGCGCGUCGCUGUAUUGCCCUCGACUGCGAGAUGGGCAUCAACCAGAUUGGUGAGCCGGAAAUUAUCAGGGUGAGCGCUGUUGACUAUUUUACCGGCGAGACUCUCUUGAACUCCCUCGUUUGGCCCAAGGUGGAAAUGCUGCAUCUGAAUACCCGGUACUCUGGUGUGACCUGGCCCAUGCUGUACCAUGCUCGACAAACCCACAAGGCCAUCAUCGGCCGCGACAAGGCUCGGCAAAUGAUUUGGAACUUCGUGGGUCCCGAAACAAUCGUAGUUGCUCAUGCUGGUCGCAACGACCUUCUCGCUUUGCGUUGGAUCCAUCGUCGCGUUAUCGAUACCUUGGACUGUGAGGCUCGUCGUCUCGACCCGGAGAAAUGCCGUAGCCUUGCCCAUCUCGCGUCUACCCAUCUCAAACGAGAAAUCCAGGAAAGCCGCUUCGGACAUGACAGUCUAGAGGACGCUGUUGCCUCUCGCGAUCUUGUCCACUGGUAUGUGCAGAAUCUGCCCGCCGUUUCGAAGCAACGGCCCGAGCCCAUUGGGUUGUCUGAUGUUUACACCGAGACCAUGAACCGCAUCGCGGCGGGCGAUAUCGACCCCUGCUGGGAGUUCUCUACUCUCUAA